AAAUUUUCCGCGCGCUCUUACGAGUGAGUGUAGAUAUUGAGACAAUGAGAACUUCGUAGUUGGUUGAACUGUAGCUGUUGUUUAGUGUAGCCAGACCUGAUCCUACAUUAGAUCAGAAACUAAAAGACAAUCAAAGACUUACACGAAACAAAACAAGGAAGAAGUAAGCAAAAGUAAAAACUAGAUGCUGGUUCUUGGCGAUGACGUAUUGACGUAAAACUUAUCUUGUGUUGGACAUUUGACACAUUUCACAGCUUCGAGAUUUGAAUUUGUUUCUGCUAGCACUAGACAACCAGCUCACACAAUGGCUGCCUCAGUACAGACCUUGAGUUUUUUGAUGUUUUGUUUUGUCUUGGUGUCAGCAUUAUCAUCGGCAGAUUUACAGACUCUCAAGUCACUUGAUCAGUUUGCGCAGUCUUCUCACAGCCGAGAUACAGAUAUUAUGAUACUGGCCAUCUGUUGGGACGGUCAGGCGUUUAUUGACGAAUGCCAAAAACACAAAGGAUUAAUUCAACAACUCUUAUACAAACUUUUAUCUAAACUCAAGACACAAACACGAAUCAGUGACAAUGAUGAAGAGGAACAAGAUCAAAGAAUUCCACUCAAAAACCGCAGGGAUGAUGCGUCUGGUUUCUAUAGUAACUGGUAGCCUACUACUUCGAGUAGGCCUACUCAUUGUAAGCGUUUGUUGUGUUGUUAGGCUGAUGCACACACACACACACACGUUCAGGCUAUCAUUGUUGAAAGCAGAAGACGGAAACAAGCUUGUUAAACUGAAGACACUGAAAUAAAACACAUUCUAAACUAA